AUCAACUGCCAAAUAUUUCAAACAAAUUAUAUUUUGUUUAGGCCAAGCACUUGUAGAUCUUGCUGAUGUACAAGUAAAAGUGGAAAAUCGAGUUCCUUGGAGGACCCUUACAUUAAAGGAGUCUCUUUACGGACAUGGAUAAAUACAGUGGCAACGCCAGCCCGGGAAAUUUGUUCUCCAACAAAAUCACUGCCUUCCACGACAAGGACAGCUUAGAGCCUCGUCCCGGAAACAAAUACCGCCAGCGACGCAUCGACGCCCAUUUGGAGGAGCAGCUGGUCAAGGAAAAGCGCAUCACCAAGUUUCCGCUGGUGGGCGCCCUGGUCCACAAGGCACUGCGGCGUCGGGAGAGGGAAAAGGAAAGGGAAAGGGAAUCGGAAAAGGAUAAGGCAAAGGAUAAGGACAAAGACCUACCAGAUCCGAAGGACAGCACCAAUAUCAUCAGUAACAACAACGAGAAGUGGAAGCUGAACAGGAUGGUGCUACCGUUUGGACUUGGACCCGAUGGCCACCACGUGGACGCCAUACAGAGUGCUCCGGCGCCCAGUGCCCCGCCUGCCCACAUGAUGCCACCCGCCUAUUCCCGGGGUCAGACCAACAUCUACACAGGCGUUCCGAUCAUCGUGAAUCCCUACAUCGACUUCAUCGUGGUGAAUGGGGACGAUCGCUACAUGAUCCGCUGCGAACGGAAAUCGGUUCUCGAGAGGAGCGUGGAGCUGGCCAAGCUGAUUCACGCCGGUCCCAACAGCGGGCGGAAGAGCGACAACCACUUCCAGAUCCUCAACGUGGACAAGAACGACUUCGAGCUGAUCGUCCGCUACAUGGAGAAACACUUCAUUCCCUAUCGCGAUCACAAGCACCUGCUCAAGAUACUCGAGCUGUCCGAUCGAUUCAAUGUUCCAGAUCUGAUCAUCUACUGCAUUCGGGAGCUCGAUCUCCGAAUCUCUAGUGCCACGGCGCUGGACAUCUUCAAGGCGCUGUGGUUCUACCAGGGCAUCGCGCUGACCAACCAGCACCAGACGGUGAUCACCACCCAGGAGACGGGUCAGCAGCUGGCCAGGAAGAAGGCGACCAAGGCGAAGGCGGCGGCCAAGCAGAUGGCGGCAGCCAAGGCAGCCCAGGCCACCGAGAACGGUUCCGAUGGCGAUGGAGCCCAGCUUAACCUCAUUCCGAACCCGAAUCCCUUCACCACCGAGGACUACGGAGUGGCCCUGCUGCACAACACACUCCAGCUGAUCGACAUGCACGCGGAGCUGCAGCUCUCGAUGCCCGAGAUCAGCGAUCUGAGAUUCGAGGAGCUGGAGACCCUCGUUAAGAGGGACACUCUCCAGCUGAGGUCGGAGGUCACGCUGUUCGAGUGCCUGGCCACGUGGAGCCUGGCGGAGUGUGCCCGCAAACAGAUCGACGCCACGCCGGAAAACCGGCGAACUGUCUUGGGACCGCUCUGCCUUACGCCACGCUACUUGCGAAUGACCGCCAGCGAAUUCCGCCGCUGCUGCGACCGCCUAGAACUACUGCCCCCCACGGAGAUAUCACUCAUCAGCGACGCUCUCGAGGGUAAAAAGCUGAAGAACCUCACCGAUCAGCAGGCGGAGCUGCUGGAGAAGUUCCGCCAGCCCCGCGCCGAAUAUGCCAGGAUGCCCGUGCAUCUGAGCGAUCGGAGCAGUCCGAAGAACUAUCCCAAGAAGAUGAGGCUGGCCCACGACGGUCGGCCCACGGAGGAGGGAUGCUGGGAGAAGGUCGGAAUGAACUGUCUGCGCGUCUUCGUCUGCAUAUUCGACUGAUCCGAGCAGUCCGACGAGGAGGAAGAGGACGAGGACGAGGAGGAGGACGAUGAGGAUGAGGACGAGGACGAGGCAGAGGCAGAGGACGAGGAUGAGGGAAACGGAUCCGGGAAUCUCCAUAGAGACGACGGAGGAUGAGAUGACGAUCCCACAUAGACUUGUUGCAUUAAACGAAUAUUAGCGCUUAUGAAUUACUUAUACAUAGAGUUAACGUUAACGAUUACGUUAGUCUUAUGGGGACAAGGACAAGUAAUGGCCAUUACCGUGGCAGUGAUUUUAUAGCAGCCGUUUCUAACAAUACUAUAUAGUGUUAUUUAUAUACACGCAGAUAUUAUAUAUGCGGUGCGUGUAGGUUGAACUGUCGCCUGCGAA